GUGUGAAUCAUGGAUUGAGUUUAAUAGUGUAUAGGCAAUUUUAUCCACGAACGCCGUCGUUUGCGUGUUCCGCUUCUAUUCAGAAGUUGGACUCAGUUUCUUGUCUGGGGCGCAAACAAUCGAAUGAAAUGGCCGCUCACUGUGUCUCGACGAUCCCGACUGCCACCGCUGGAGUCAACGAAUUACGUCGCAGGAAGUCUGUCAAAAUCGCAUCACAUGUAUUCAACUUUCCAUGGAACGGUGUUCCGACCCAAAUCUCACUGCAAUCUAUCCAUUCCAGAUCCUUUCUUUCAAAGCAACCCAUGAAGGCCACUGUUUCUCCCAGCCUCCCAUAUGCGAAUGAAGAUGCAGCUGUUUCUAUGGAGAAUGUUCCCAAAUGGUCAUCAAAGGCAAUAAAGUCCUUCGCAAUGUCCGAAUUGGAAGCAAGGAAGCUCAAGCAUCUUACUACAGGGACAGAUGCCCUAAUCUUGGGUAUUCUUAUUGAGGGGACAAAUUUUGCUUCAAAGUAUUUGUGGACCAUAGGUAUUACUCUUUUAAAAGUGCGCGAAGAAAUCAUCAAGGUUCGUGGUAAAUCAGAUUUUUUUAAUUUCAGUGCUGAGCAUCCUCCUUUGACUGAAGAUGCACAAAAGGCCCUUAAUUGGGCUCUGAAUGAGAAGGUCAAAACUGGAGGAAGUGGCGAGAUCAGUCCUACUCAUUUAUUGCUGGGAAUUUGGUCGCAAGAGGGUUCAACAGGUCACAAGAUAUUGGCUGCUCUAGGCUUCAACAAUGAAAAAGCCCAAGAGUUGAGAGAAUUGAUUUCCAAACCUGAUUUUGAGUAGGACUAAUGAUUGGUUACUCAAGGCUUCCGUUUAAGUUCACAAUAUUAAUCCACAAUGGGCUUACUGCUUCAUAUAAUAUGUGCGGCCUUACCAGAAUGUGAGCUAUGAAUGGUUGUAGUCUUGUAUCCCAUAGUGGUGUUUGUACCUUGUUUAGGGACGGAUUACAUGAAACUUGUUUUGUGAUUAAAUUCAUGUGUAAAAUAAUAAUUAUAUUCAAUACGUUGGUGUUUGGUACGCGUAUUGUGAUUUGUUAGGCAAUAGGAUAUGUAAGAUUACAAGAACAAGAUAUUGGCGUCAAGGGAGCCUUGUGCGUUACUGUGUUGCCGUAUUACAGUGUUACAGGGAG